GCCAUUUGCUUUCGUGUUUUCCGCGUGCGUGAUAGCAAAGCCGCCUGUAGUCUCCGGCAUUUUGUCAUGGUGGGCUACGGGCUUGUGUCUUUCGAAAAAGAACACUCUUAUGAUGUGCUCAAAAUGGACUUCAUCAGUAGCCCGUCCGGCGAAUACCCCACUGAAGGGGAAAAAGUACAAGUUCGCUGGCGGGACAAAGGCACCUUCGAAGCAACUUUAAUCGCCACAUCAGAGGACGAGCACCAGCUCAUCGAUGAGAUGGAAGAUAUCAUUGCUCGCCAAAACCAGAUGGCCAUGGCAGCAUCAAAGAAAAGUAAAGAAAGGGUGCAACAAAAAAGGCAGGGUCAGCAGCUGCUGUCCACCAUAGAAGCACAACAAACGAACCUGAGGAAAGAGAACACGGAACUAAAAAAAGAGGUGGCAGAGCUGCGUGCUGAGUUGAAGAACCAUCGAAAGCUUGGAGCCUACCUGAAGACAGCGGAAAAGCUGGUGAGACACCUCAAAUGCCGGAACUGUGGCAGCAAGGUUCCUGUCCUGAAUGAAGAAAAGAACCCCUCUGGUGAUGAGCCCCUGCAAGCCUCAAAAGCCUUUAGGGAAGCCCCACCGAUCCUCAAGAAGGCCCCACCAGUCCUCAAGGAGGACCCGCCAGUCCUCAAGGAGGCCUCACUGGUUGCCAGAGAGGCCCCACCGAUCUUUGAGGAGGCCCCACCAGUCUUCGAAGAGGCCCCACCGGUCUUCAGGGAGGCCCCACCGAUCUUCAUGGAGGCCCCACCGAUCUUCAUGGAGGCCCCACCGGUCUUCGGGGAGGCCCCACCGGUCUUCAGAGGGGCUCGACAACCCUUCGAAACCUUCAGGGAGGCCCCACCAGUCUUCUGCGAGGCUGCACGAUUCUUGGAAGACCCGAGGGAGACCCCACCAGUCUACUGGGACGCCCCACCAGCCCACAGGGAGGCCCCACCAGCCCACAGGGAGGCCCCACCAGCCCACAGGGAGGCCCCACCAGCCCACAGGGAGGCCCCACCAGCCCACAGGGAGGCCCCACCAGUCCACAGGGAGGCCCCAGCAGUCCUCAGAGAGGCUACACAAUUCUUGGAAGCCCCCAGGGAGGCCCAACAUCUCCCCCGGGAGCAUCUGGGAGCCAUUGGGAAAUUAGAUGGCCACACAGCUAGGCCACACAUUUUGAGCGGCACCCCUGCCUCACAGCUACUGCACUCUUGGAACGAUGCUGGUGUUGUGGAGCUAGGGCCUGGCUCUGCAAUUUUCAUCGAAAGCAGCCAGCUCCGGAGUAUUGAGACAUACUCGAAGACCGCGACGGCCACGGCGCGUGGAUUGCUCACCGCAGUUUUCACACAGCAGGCCCUUGUGAUCUGCUCAGUCAAAGGUCAACGGGCCAAGGGCUCCCAUAGGCCAUCCGAGCAGCGGCCCCCACUGGACGUCUCAGCCAUCACGGCUAUUUUGUCGCACACGAAGGCCAUGUGCAAAAGUAGAGGCUGGGACUUCAAUGAGAAGUUGAUUCUCCUGUCCCUAGGAACGAAGCUCAGCGAAAUGAGGAGCGGUGUCAAGCAGCUUGUCUAAAAAUUAAUAAAAGUUUGUACAUGUUCAUUA